AUGGCACAGAAUCACGAGGACGCAGCUGCUGAGCUGCACGCGACAUUUGAGAAGCGUAAUGGCUCCAUUGGUAACAGGCGGAGCGUCGACAUGGCCGGAGCUAAGCUGCCCAUCCAAGAGAAGGGCCCGGAGGUUGUCGAUGCUGAGUUCGGCACCACGGAAGAUGGUAUGGAGCCGAAUGAGCACGAGAAGAAGACUCUUCGACGUGUUGGUGAUGCGUUCCCAAAGAGUGCAUAUUUGAUCGCAGUGGUUGAGCUGUGUGAGAGAUUCACCUACUAUGGCUGCCAAGGUCUCUUUCAGAACUACAUCAACAAUCAUCCCGACGGCCGCGAAGGCCAGCGAGGUCUUGGUCUGGGUCAUGCCGGUGCUACUGGCCUGAAUACCUUCUUCCAGUUCUUCUGCUACCUCACCCCCAUCCUUGGUGCCAUCAUCUCCGAUCAGUACCUCGGAAAGUACAAGACCAUCCUCCUUUUCGCUGCUGUAUACUGGGUCGGCCUGCUCAUCCUCUGGACCACCUCUCUCCCAGUCAGCAUCGAAAAUGGCGCAGCCCUUGGCGGAUACAUUGCUUCUAUCAUCAUCAUUGGCUUCGGCACGGGCGGUAUCAAGAGUAACAUCGCGCCGUUGAUCGCAGACCAGUACACUCGACGCAAGAUGGCCGUCAAGACACUCCCCAAGACGGGCGAGCGCGUUGUUAUCGACCCAGCGAUUACCUACCAGAGAAUCUACAUGAUGUUCUACGCCUGCAUCAACAUCGGCUGCCUGUCCCUCCUCGCCACCCCAUUCAUGGAGAAGUACAAGGGUUUCUGGACCGCCUACCUUAUGUGCUUCCUGAUGUUCAACGUCGGCAUUGGUGUCCUCAUCUUCUGCCGCGGCAGAUACAUCGUCCGACCACCCCAAGGCUCCAUCAUUACCGACUCCUUCAAGGCCAUCGGUAUGAUGAUUGCGAGCCGCAACACUGAUGCAGCCAAGCCAUCCUGGCGUGCGGCCAACGGCAAGACGAGCCCAGUCCCGUGGAAUGACCACUUCAUCGAUGAGCUCAAGCGUGCCCUCCGCGCCUGCAAGGUCUUCACCUUCUACCCAGUCUUCUGGGUAUGCUAUGGCCAAUUCAGCUCCAACUUCGUGUCACAAGCAGCUCAGAUGACUGGCCACGGCAUGCCCAACGAUCUAAUGCAGAACUUCGAUCCUAUAAGCAUCAUCGUCUUUAUCCCAAUCCUCGACAAGCUCGUCUACCCAGCCCUGCGCAAGGCCAAGAUCGAGCUCAAGCCCAUCGCCCGUAUCACCAUCGGCUUCGUCCUGGCCUCCUUCUGCAUUGCCUACGCAGCAAUUGUCCAGCACAUCAUCUACCGCUCCGGCCCCUGUUACGGCGACCCACUCAAGUGCGACGCCGCCAUCGCAAGCGACCCAGUCCGACCAAACAGCGUCCACAUCGCAGUCCAAACACCCGCCUACGUCUUCAUCGGUCUUUCCGAGAUCUUCAUCUCCGUCACCGGUCUGGAAUACGCAUACACCAAGGCCCCACCCAGCAUGAAGUCCUUCGUACAGUCCCUCUACCUCUUCACAUCAGCUAUCGGAUCUGCGCUGUCUGAGGCUCUCGUCCCAGCGACUGGAGACCCCGCGAUUAUGUGGAUGUACACGGGUGUGUCGAUCGUGGCGUUCUUGACGGCGAUUGUUUUCUGGUUUACGUUCAGCCACUAUGAUAAGCAGGAGCAGCAGAUGAACGAGCUUGAUGCGAGCGAUUAUAGUGAUAGUAAGCUGCAGAGCGAGGCGGGUAGCACGCACGAUGGACAGCAUGGGCAGGAGGCUCAGGGGGCUGAGGAGAAGAUAUAA